GUCUCGAUCGUCAGUGCUGAAACCUAUUUCACCGAGUCAAGAUGUCCAAGUUAAUUCUGUACGGUUUGGAGGCGAGUCCGCCAGUUCGUACCGCCAAAUUGACUCUGGCCGCCCUGGAAGUGCCCUACGAAUUUGUGGAAGUGAAUACCCUGGCGAAGGAGAACUUAUCGGAGAACUUCCUAAAGAAGAAUCCCCAGCACACGGUGCCCACAUUGGAAGAUGAUGGCCAUUUUAUCUGGGACUCUCAUGCCAUCAGUGCCUAUCUGGUGUCCAAAUACGGAAAGAAUGACAGUCUCUAUCCUAAGGAUCUGCUCCAGCGAGCUGUGGUGGACCAGCGAUUGCACUUUGAGUCUGGAGUGGUAUUUGCCAACGGACUGAGGAGCAUCACUAAGCCACUUUUCGCCUCCGGCCUGACAACUAUACCCAAGGAGCGAUACGAUGCCAUCAUUGAGAUCUACGAUUUCCUGGAGACCUUCCUCGCCGGAAACGAUUACAUUGCCGGUAGUCAACUGACUAUUGCCGAUUUUAGUAUUAUUUCGACCGUGACCUCCCUGCAGGCCUUCGUGGAGGUGGAUGCGGCGAAAUACCCCAAGGUCACUGCCUGGAUCGAGCGAUUGAAACAGCUUCCUUACUACCAGGAGGCCAACGGCAAUGGAGCCCUUACAUUCGCGACCUUUAUCAAGAAGACUAACUUUACCUUUGCAACUAAAUAAAUUAUAUAAUUUAUUAUAUUUAUAGUUAAACAAGAA